UCGGUUUGGACAAACGCGGUUCAGAGUUAUUUGUCAUUUAGAUUCCUAAAAUAUAUGCAAAUAAUUUUUUAGAUUGCUUCAUGGUAUUUAAUGUUUUUCCGACUUCUGUUUUAAAACAGUUUUUAUAGAACUUUUUUAGAUAGAUUAAAUAUGAAUUUGGAAUUACUGGAAUCAUUUGGUCAGAACUAUCCAGAAGAAUUUGAUGGAACUUUAGAUUGUAUCUCACUCGCUGUCACUUGUGCAUUUAAUAAAAGAGGCACAUUACUUGCUGUUGGAUGUAAUGACGGUCGAAUUGUAAUUUGGGAUUUUUUAACUAGAGGUAUCGCCAAAAUUAUCAGUGCUCAUGUUCAUCCUGUAUGUUCUCUGAGUUGGGCUAGAAAUGGUCGUAAGCUUCUUAGUGCUUCAACAGAUAACAAUGUUUGUAUUUGGGAUGUAUUAUCAGGUGAAUGUGAACAAAAAUAUAGAUUUCCAUCACCAAUUUUAAAAGUUCAAUUCCAUCCAAGAAACUGGACUAAAUUUUUAGUAUGCCCUAUGAGACAUGCCGCUGUUAUGGUUGACAUUCAAGGUUCUCAUCAAGUUAUACCACUUGAUCAAGAUAGUGAUUUGAAUAUUGUUGCUUCUUUUAAUAGGCGUGGUGAUUAUAUUUUUACUGGCAAUGGUCGUGGUAGAAUUCUAGUCCUCGAUGUUGAGUCUUGUUCAGUUAAAGCAUCUUUUAAAAUAUCACAAGGUACAGCAAGUAAUACAGCAGUUAAAAGUAUUGAAUUUGCUCGCAGAGGGGAAUGUUUUUUAGUAAAUACUGCUGAUAGAGUUAUAAGAGUUUAUGACAGUGCAGAAGUUUUGGCAUGUGGACAAGAUGGUCAACCAGAGCCUAUUCAGAAACUACAAGAUCUUGUAAAUAAAACAACAUGGAAAAAAUGUUGUUUUUCAGGCGAUGGUGAAUAUGUAUGUGCUGGUUCAGCAAGACAGCAUGCUUUAUAUAUUUGGGAAAAAAGUAUAGGUAACUUGCAGAAAAUUUUACAUGGAACAAAAGGAGAACUUUUACUUGAUGUUGUGUGGCAUCCUGUAAGACCUAUUAUUGCAUCAAUAUCUUCUGGAGUAGUUUCAAUUUGGGCACAAAAUCAAGUAGAAAAUUGGUCUGCUUUUGCUCCAGAUUUUAAAGAACUUGAUGAAAAUGUAGAAUAUGAAGAACGAGAAAGUGAAUUUGAUAUAAGUGAUGAAGAUAAGUCAGUUGUACAAGGAGAGGAGGCACAGGAUGAAGAAGUGGAAGUAGAUGUUUCAGCUAUUGACAGGGUAGCAGCUUUCUGUAGUUCAGAUGAGGAAACUGAAGAUCAAGAAUCAUUACAUUUUAUACCGAUUUCUCCUGAAGUUGAGGAAAAUGAGGAAAUACAACCUCCUAUUCAUGAAGUACCAACAAAAAAACAUGGACUUCAUGAUAUUGACUUGAAAGGUGCACCCACUGAUGUUAUUCAUCCGUUAUUCAAUAAAGGGAAAGACAAACCUGCUGCUAAAAAAGGAAGACCAAGAUUAGAUAAUCGGAAAGGAAAAUAAAUUGUAUUAAUUUACUGAAUUUUAAUUAACAUUAUUGUACAUAAUUCAAUUAGAAAAUAUUUUAUAGUAAAGAUUUAUAUACAACAAUUUUUUAAUAGAACUGAUCGUUUUUACUAAAAUUGGAAAAAACAUACAAAAAAGUUUCGUAUUUUCAAUGUUUGAAUUUUUUUUUUCAAUAAAAA